AUGGAGGCUCGCUCGAAUACGCACUGUAGGACAGUAGCCGAGAGACGAGCCCUACUUCGUCUACAGCUCCUCGGAAACGCGCCGCUCGAAGACACUGAGGAACAAUACGGAAAUGGCCCUGGAGUAUGGGAGGGAGAGUCUCCAGGAGAUUAUGUGGCGCCCAUAGGCAACGGAACCGGAUCAGCGCUUGGACACGCGGGGUACCUGGACGCAGAAACGGAGAGAGGGGAUUGGGGGUUUUUGGACGAUGGGCGUGAUGCUGAACAGGGUGACGCAUCGACUGAUGCGGAUGAGACACAAGAUGGCGCAGCGAAUGGUGUGACUAAGGACGCCGAUGUGGAAGAUGGCGGGACGUUGGACACGUCGGAGGAGGAGGAGACCAAGGACGGGAACUUGGUGGCCCCGCCAGUGGUAGCAGAGACAGAUCAUGGGAAACACGCGGUGGCGUCCAACAUGGCUGAACGUGGACAGAAAGUUCAUGGCGCGGACGCGGCAGAGGAUGCGAAGACCGAGGCACCACAGCAUGUGGUGUCGUUAACCCACGCCAGGAGCGCGGCCGGGAAAAAGGCGGAACCCACCCAUGACGAUGUCGCCGCGGGAGUAAAGGCCUCAGUCGCAGGCAUGGUGGAAGAGACUCGAGACGGCACAGCGGAGGAGAGGCGGGGAAUGGCGCCCAUAAACGCGGAAGUUGUUGGAGAGGUCGCGGGAGCCGAGGGUGACUCGAAGACAGGGAGCGCACCAGCGGCCGCAGGGCACGCGGAACGUGUGGCGGCGGCGCCGUUUGCGGCGAAUGCGAAACCUUCGUGCAUUGUUAAAGCUGAAGAACUUGCGUCGCCUUCAACUACCUUGAAGCUGGAGGGGGGUCUUGCAGCAGUCGAUGAUGCCGUGAAACGUACAAGCGAGACCCAUGCAAGCCCGUCUGGGGCAGCAAGCAACUCCAGGCAUGUGUCAUCUGGGCCCGCUCCAUCCAUCAGUGGCUCACCAGCUAAUGCUAGAGGGGACGCCUAUAGUGAGUGUAGCGAGGAAAGGGCGGAUGUGGAGGAGGCACAAGAGACAGACAGCGCGUCGAAUGCGGCUGGAUCGGACCAGUCAGGAGAGUCCGACCUGGAGGUAGACAUUUGUGCGCAGCUCGCGCACAUCGCCCGCAAGUAUAACCUUCCUAACGAGGCCAUAACCGACAUCAUACAGUUGUUUAAGGCUCGGAACUGGUCACCGAACGACUUGGAUACGUGGGAGACCCAUCGAGACCUAGAACAGUGGGAGGAUGAGAAGGAGGAGAAGGUGGACGGAGUGACGGUGCACCGCAAUGCGUCUGGAUGCAAAUGGUUUAAGGAAGCAACGGGAGCUAUGGAUGGACAGGGGAUCGUGGCCGGCGUGAUACUGUUCAGUGAUGUGACUCAUCUGAGCUUCAAUGGGCGUCGUACGACGCAUCCCCUCCAGUUCACAUUGUUGAACAUCCCCGAGGCGUUGCGUUGGACCCUUGGAGCUACCGAGCUUAUUGCCAUCUUUCCACCCAUGCCAGCGGAAUUGUCGGCCGAGCAGAAAGCGGAGGUGAUGCAAGCGAUGCUGCGGGUAGUUGUAGGGCCCCUCAUGGCAUUCGCGAGUCGGGACAGUGGCGGCCUCACUGUGAGAAACGCUGAUGGCGUGGAGAUGACGGUGCACCCGUUGCUAGCAGACUACGUCUGUGAUCACCCGGAGUCAUCAACUGUCACAUGCACGAUGGCUGCGACGGCUUUGCAGCCCUGCUCAUUGUGCAAUGUGGGCUGGUGGGAUUUGAGGAAUGUUACAGAAACCUUCCCACCACGGACAGUAGAAGGGCAGCGACAGGUGUUUGAGCUGAUGCAGCAGAGCACUCCCGAGGAGCGUGAAAUCGCAAAGACGGCAUUCUCCACACACUACGUCGCGUGUGCACUUUGGGACUGGGCGUUCCUCGAUACGCCAUGGGGUAAUAUGUACGAGGCUAUUGGCAUCUGCAUUUUACACGUGGUGGACGAGGGUCUAUGGGUGCACACAAUGAAGUGCAUACUUGGCAGACUUACACCCACGUUACGCGCCGAGCUGUUGAGGUGUGAGGGGCUGGUGGUACGCAUGGGAGUGUGGCGUUGCCGGGCUGUGCUUGUGGACACACCGGCGUCGGUGCUGAGAGCUCCAGACCCCUCGUACUACUUCCGCACUGUGGCACAGUAUGCGGCAUGGGAACACCGUGCGAUGAUGCAGAUCGUUCCCCUAAUCGCCCACCUCCCCGGGUAUGAGGACAUCGGUGAGGCUACUGUUAUGUUCAAUGAAUGGUACAAAGCCUUCUUCUGCGUGGAGUAUCACACGGAGCAGUCCCUUGCGGACAUGGUCACCAUGACAGCAAGGCUCAUUGAUAAGCUGGUGGUCGUGUUUCCGAACCAGAAGUCGGUCAUUCUCAUCGUGAAGGUACACGAGCUGUCCCACCUCCCAACCGCUAUCCUGACGCGAGGCAUGCCGAUUGAGUACUCUACCAACAUGUACGAGGCAAAGCAUAAGUCGUCUGUGAAGCGUCACGCGAAGAACACUAACUGGAAGGAUGUCAGCCGCGACAUAACAGUGAGGCAUUCGCGGGAGGCCGCGAUCCGCGGGCUGGUGCGAGCCGAGGGUGGCACCAGAGUCUACGAGACCGCCAUGCGCUUGGCGGUCGAGCACAACAUCCGGGUCCUCACCAAACGAAGCCGUCGCAUGGAAGUGAAUGUCAAGAUGGAUCCGGUGUGGUCGGAGUACAGCGAGGCUCUUGGUUUUGAAGUCAUGGCAAGAGCGGUGGCGGUGAUGAGAGCAGUCGGCGUCGUGGCAGAUACGGUGCAGGUGCACACGGCGCUGGCCAUCCCACCGCACGACUGCAUGGAUCGAGGCGACAAGGGCCAGAUAAUCAAGGCGUCGCCGUCGGAGCAGAAGUUCAGCCAUGUGCAGAUAGAAGGGGAGGGUGAUCAGGUUUGGUACGGACGAUGCCUCAUGCUCUUUCACUUCACCGAUGCUACACAGCAGGUAGUGCGGCGCGCACUCGUCAAGUACUACACCGAGCUGGAGAGUGUGUGUCCUGUCACAGGGUGCCGACGUCUGCGGCUCACCACCGGGAGAGAUGAUUACGCGGUGUUAGAGGUGGACAGCAUUCUGGGUCUGGCACACAUCGUUCCCAGUUUCACACAGCCAGAAAUAUACCUUGUGAACAGGUUUCUGUUCUAG